AUGCCUUCUAUCAGCAAGUUCAUGCCAUUGCUGCUUGCCAGCACUGCCAUGGCAAUUCCCAGAUCUGCUCGUCGUGGAUUUAGUACUACCGAGCGUCCAGGCAUUUACACCAACACAACCCGCCCUGGUAUUGCAGCCACAAUUGACUACACCGAUACCAACUGGGCUGGCGCCAUUACUGAGGAGACUGAUGUCACUUAUGUCAGCGGCGCAUUUGAAAUCCCCGCCAUCUCUAUGCCAGCUGGUGGUGACCCAUCCACCUCGUACUGUGGCACGGCCUGGGUCGGUAUUGAUGGCUGGGGCAAUGACUGCAAUGGUGGUCUCAUCCAAGCCGGAGUCAACUGGUGUAUCCAAAACGGCGCUGUAACUUACACCCCCUGGUCUGAAUGGUGGCCCGCCGAAUACCAAAUCAACUUUGAGAACUUCGAGGUCUCUCAAGGUGACCUGGUGAGUGUCAGUGUCACUGCGACCAGCACCAGCAGCGGUACUGCCGUACUUACAAACACGGCCACUGGUGCCAGCGUUACCAGAACCUGGUCCGGCGAGUCACCAGCUCUGUGCUUACGUACCGCUGAAUGGAUUGUUGAAGAUUUCACCCUCAUCGAAUCUACUGGCGAUGUCCUUGCUCCCUUUGCCAACUUUGGUCAGGUCUACUGGGCUGACACUCAAUGUGUGGUCAGCGGUCAGAAUUGGGGAGCAGGCAACUCCAACAUUGCUGAUAUGGUUCAGGGUAGCGAUGUUCUUGCUACUGCCUACCUUAGCGGUAACGACGUUAUCAUCAACUACGGCACUGGAGAAUAG